AUGGCCUCUGUUGGCCCCAGUCCAUCGCCGAGUCGGUUUGGAGACUUCCUCCAGCGCUCGCGCGCUCUCUUCGAGCAAGCGCAAGCCACACAGACGCCUUCCCCACCCCGGCGUCGCUAUCGCUUCAAGUCCCCGCCGUCGCCGGAGGUGUCCAAGACCACCAAGGCGUUGCCUCCCCCGCAAAAGGUGGAGCCGGAGGCGCUUCUGAAGCGCCGCCGCUCCGCUUCGCCCCGGAGCCCUCCUCACCAAGCUCGCAAGCGCGUGCCAGCAGAGACGCCUCCCCAAGCGACUCCUCCGCCCAAGGCUCUUCUCAAACGCCUUCGCUCACCUUCCCACCGGAGCGGUGGGAAGCAUGCUGCAAGGCCCGCGCCGCGCCGUUCCUCUGACAUCCUGCGCCCGCCUGCGAUGACGCUGUGUUUGGGACUGCCCUUCGCGUGGCAAGAGAUUCAGGAGAUGGCAGCAGCUGAGACGUGUUCCAAGAUCACCCCCCGCUUGGAAGAUGAUGCGCCACUUCCCGAGGAGCUCCCAGAGGAGGAGGAGGGGGAGGAGGAGCAUCCUCUCUCAGGACAGGAAAAGUGA